GGGGGGCGGGUCUUAUUUCCAGGUGCGUAAGGCUGCUGAGUUGGUGCGGCCCGGAGUUACGAGGUCUAGGGAAAGGGCGCCACAUCCAGACUGGAGAGGGGCGGUGUGCAGGCGAGAAGAGUGGGCCCGCCCCCCUCCUUCCCCUCCGGCUCUGCGGGUCCCCGAGAACAUCGGAGUACCGGGUCUCGAUCCGUGGGGCGGGGUCCUUGGAGGGGACUGAGCGCCCUCUGCCGGGGACGGGAGGUCUGGCCGCGGAAACCGCUGUUGGAGUCUGAUUGGUUGGAGAGACUUUCCCUAAACCUCCAGGGAGCCCGAUCCCGGGGGGCGGGGGGCACCCCCGGCUUAGUACUCCAGUAUCUCUUAUCAUCGCAGAGCCCCUUCCCUAGUGGCCCAUGUCCCUUGCCCGGGGUCAUGGAGACGCUGCAGCUACCACGGCGACGCCUCUGUCCGAAGAAGGGGAAGUGACCUCCGGUCUCCAGGCUCUGGCCGUGGAGGACACCGGAGGCCCCUCUGCCUCGGCCAUUAAGGCCGAGGAAGAGGGGGGAGGAGGCCGUGAGGAGGCCGAGCGUGAGGGGUCCGGGCCCGAGGACGCGCAGGGAGAAGCCCCCAGCGCUGAGGGGGAAGAGCUUGCCGAGGGAGAAUCCGAGGACUGGUGCGUGCCCUGCAGCGAUGAGGAGGUGGAGCUGCCCGUGGAUGGACAGUCCUGGAUGCCCCCGCCCUCCGAAAUCCAGCGGCUCUAUGAACUGCUGGCUGCCCACGGUACCCUGGAGCUUAAAGCCGAGAUCCUGCCCCGCCGGCCUCCAACGCCCGAGGCCCAGAGUGAAGAGGAGAGAACCGAUGAGGAGCCGGAGACCAAAGAAGAGGAAGAGGAAAAACCGCACAUGCCCACGGAAUUUGACUUUGAUGAUGAGCCCAUGACUCCAAAGGACUCCCUGAUCGACCGGAGACGCACCCCAGGAAGCUCAGCCCGAAGCCAGAAACGGGAGGCCCGCCUGGACAAGGUCCUCUCAGACAUGAAGCGACACAAGAAGCUGGAGGAACAGAUCCUUCGGACCGGGAGGGACCUUUUCAGCCUGGACUCAGGGGACCCCAGCCCCAGCAGCCCCCCACUCCGGUCCUCAGGGAGUAGCCUCUUCCCCCGGCAGCGGAAGUACUGACUGCUGCUGCUACUGACUCUAGGCCUGCUGGGGCCUCCUUCCCUAAGCCAGGAUGCUGGGAAACUUGGGAAGAAGAGAGAAACCUCACGCUCCCAACUCGGCACACUGCAGGGAAGAGGGAGUCUGUGUAUUUGUUUUCUGUUGAACAUCUGCUUGGAGACCUGGGCUGAAUUUUCUGAGUGUAAAAUAAAAGAUACAGAGUUAUCUUCUCUUAAGAAGAGGGGCUACAGCUGGAGUCUAAACAAUUCAC